CAUUAUUGUUGAACUUUUUUCUUUAAAUUUAUAAUGCAUCCACAGCGAGAAGUAAUUAAAUUUCGAAAAGGAAGAUUUUACAAAAAUCCAACAAUCUCAAGCUUCAAGAGAAUAGUUCCAAGUAAUCGCCCUGUAGCUGUAGAUGUCAAUGGAUUCCCCCAGAGACAUCGGAGACACUAUGUUCAAGCUGGAAUGUUCGCCAAUGCCAAAAGUUCCCUCCCAUCUUCUGCAAAUGUUUCAUUUCAGAAUUCGGACGAUAAUCUGAGUACAUCAAGAGGGCGUUCAGCAUCCCCAACUCCGAUAAGAAAAUUUUCAAAUUUUCCACGCAGCAAUAUUUCAAAAACUUGGGAUUUUAGCGAUAUUGGAGUGAAGAAAGAUCAACAAACUCGAAAUCAACUACCUCCAAUGAAGAGAUUAAAUUCUGAAGAAGAAGAAGAACAACAAGGGAAAACUAAGACAACGAAAAAAGAAACCAUUGGAGCUUCGACUGUGGGUCGUUCAGUGAAGCAUGUUCUUCCGUGGCUGAAAAAGUGGGGAUCCCAAGAUGCAGAAAGCAAUAUGAAGCCUAUGAGAAUAGAAAGAUUAAAAGUUUCUCCCACGCUGGACCAAAGUAUAAAUCGAUUUUCUUCACGUCUACGCCGAAUCGAUUCAAUUCGUCCGAUCCCACUUCAAAAUCACACCGGGACCACGAUAGGAACAGUUGAAAAGGCUCUUGUCGCAGUUGCUCUAGCAAAGACGAAAUCUGAAGAGUAUCAGAAGAAUCCAGUUUUCGAUUAUUUAAUCGAGAGGUCUGAUUGGUUGUUGUAUCGUGAAGAAUUCAAUGAUAAAAUAGACUAUCUACCACAAGAUCCUUUCUAUUCACAUGAUAUUGUGUCGAGUGAUUUCGAAGAGUACGAGCAGGAAAUAGAAGAAGCACGCGACCCGUACUAUUUGGAAAUUGGCUCGGAGGAAAAACAAGCUCCCAUCAAAGCAAGUGCAUCAAAGCCUAGAUUUGAUGAAGCCAACUUCCACAAUGAGGAUCCUCUGAAUCUGGACAGCCAGGAAGACUUUUUUGAAACAUCAUAUUUGCCCAAAAACGCGGAUGAAUCUAAAAAACAUCAGAAAAGUAUGCUUCCUUCGUUCGGAGACUAUACGACAAAAUCAGAUGAUGAACGACAAAAGAACAGACUAGUUUCAUUCGACACCGAUUCAAGUGUGCCAAGAACGUCGAGAAAAAGAAAUCACCAAGAAGCCUUAUCGCCGUCUAAAUCAAAUCCCGACUAUUCUCCAUUUAAUUACGAUCUCUUCUCGCCACCAAGUGUGCCAAAAAAGCCCAGCUCCUCGUCGUCGAACUAUUCGAUUUGGUAAUAGGAAUUUCAAUGUUUUAAGCCAUCUUGUAAAUUGAUCUGUUAUUUGUAAUGCAUGAAUUGAUACUUUUUUU